AUGUCCCGCGCCCGUAAUCGAUCGCUCCUGAGAUUCUUUGGAACACUUCUUGCACGGGAGCCGGGAUGCUGUCAGCGAGAGAACCGGAGAAAUUUCUCGAAGUCGCUAGCACGACGAGGAAGCGAAACGGUACUUAUUCUCGUUCCAAUAUAUCCAAUUUUCAACGAUUCUACGCCGAAGUGCCCACGAGCGCAGUUGGUACAAUCGGCAUUCAUCCCUCCAACCCCCACAUAUGUGAACCCCUUGAACAGGAAAAUAUGCGACCGGAACAAUGAGGAAUAUUGUGGGGCGCUCGAUCUACUCUCCGUGGACGAGUUUGCUCUGGAGUCCUGGACAAUCGCGGAGGCCGCAGACGGAAUCAUGUCCUUACGCGGUCGCUUGAUUAUCGACCAGAUUAAACGAGCCGUGUCGAGCUAUUUCUCGUUGCCGGUGCCACCCUACGGGAAUCCGAGUUAUUGGGAGGGCUGCUACCGAUCGCUCGGCCCGAACGACAGUUUUGAAUGGGGUCAUAUUUCGUUCGAAGAUUUACAUAGAUAUCAAUAUCGUGAGCUCCGUUACGACCCCGUGAUCCGUUCAGAUGCGACAAAACCCCAAGAUCCACAUAUCCAAACAACUUUCGGAGACACGCUCCGUGCCUAUCCACAUUCCCCAUCCGAUGAACACAUCCUAAUUCUUGGAUGCGGAAACUCCAAAUUUGGUGAAAGCAUGGUAGAACACGGAUGGAAUGGACCGAUUGUGCAAGUUGACGUCGCCUCCCGUGUCAUUGAAUCAAUGAGUCAGCGAUGUCAGGAGCAACAAAGAAAGGGAGACAUGUUGUUUGUUCAAGAUGAUGCCACCGUUCUGUCAGCCUUUCAUGACGACAAGGCCACUGCGGUUUUUGACAAAGGCCUCCUUGAUGCUUUAUUUUGUGCCGAUGAGUACCAGCAGUGUUUUGAUAUCAUGAGCUCCAUUCAUAGGGUACUCCAACCAGGCGGGGUUUACGCCUUUCUGUCAUUUUCGCGACCACAGUUUUUAAUGGACAAGAUACUGUUACCGCCCGGCCACGAGAAAAGAAAAGGGCCGGUCCGCCAUGCCAGAGACGGUGCGCAAACCAAAUAG